AUGCGACGUGAGCUGAAGCAGCUCAAGGAGGAUGCAGCCACAUUUGCCAGUCAUCGGGCCAUGUUCACUGCUCGAUGUGAAGAACUUCAGCACAAACUGGAAGCGGAUCAGCGCAACAGUGAGGAGGAAAAGAAAACUCUCAAUCAGCUGCUUCGUCUUGCGAUCCAACAAAAGCUCACUCUCACACAGCGUCUCGAGGAUGUUGAAGUAGAUCGUGAUCGGCAAGUACUCCGACAAAGCGGCGGAAAACGACAGGGUGGUCCAGAAGUGGUGAUGGCUUUCAAACCGCGCGUCAUCCGUUAUCCCACACAGCAGCAGUCGGGGGGCCCGAGAGGAGGACUGGAUUCUGCCUUACUUGAUCUUGCCGCCAUCGACGAGUUACGAUCGCAAUUGCCAUCGACUCGUCUGUUCGCUGACAUCGAGCUGGUAAUACUGCUCUAUGCGUCUCUAGCCCGCGCUGACAAUCUUGUUUUAAAACUGUUCGAUGAUCUAUCUACUGGAGAUGUAGGUUGUCGUUACAGUUCAUUCCAUACGUAA